AUGGCGUCUCAUUCGGAGCCGUAUCACUAUCCUUCCGCCCAGCCGCCUCAGCAGCAGCGGCUGGUCCAACCGCAGCAACACGCUCAGCUGCAGUACUCCCAACCAUCGCAGCAGCAGACCAACCCUCGGGCCAAGCCGCGCAGCUUCAGCUUCCGAUCUGACAAGUCGCAUCACAGUGGAGGCAGCAAGUCGGACUUCUACGAGACCCACGAGGAGAAGGAGGCAAGACGCUUACACACCAAGGCGGACCCGUCGCUGGCCAUCAACGAGGCAGAGCCCUCAACGGUCGCCGCCAUGAUGACGCAGACGUCUCAUGUCCCACUGCGGUCGAUGCAGCACAAAGAUACCUGGGGCAAUCCAAUCGCCGAUCCCGACAAGUCGAAUCCUACUCGCAGUCGUUGGGAACGACCGCUCGACACCAUUCGAAGCUUCGAAGCUGCCAUUGACGGUGGAUACAGUCGCAAAUCCAUGUAUCGAUCAGAUACGGAGUCGGUGGCGGCGUGGAACCGGCGGAGCAGCUUUCAUCCGCAAUCUCAGCCUCGAUUCCCCCAGGAUAGCUAUUACGGCAGUCGACCGGCAUCGUUCCGGGCCGAAAGCAGCUACGGAGCCAUGACCCCCGGCGCCAACAGAAGCAGCUACUAUGACGCUCAGGGGUACGGCAGUGGCUACAGUAAUGGAUACGGAAGGCCCAACGCUCGCGAGCGCGCACAGCGCAUGCAUUCUGAGGGCCAUUAUCAGACAUAUGGGAGGGAGCAGCAAAACAUUUACCCCAUGCCUCACAAGGAUCGCUCUUACGAGACGGUGACGUCGGCUGCGCAAAGCGGCAUCUCGGAUGCCGCAGGCUAUCAGACCGAUCCAACUAGCAGCGAUAAUAGCUCCAUCGACCGGACAUCCUCAGCCAAGCGCCAGGAGCCCGUCCAUGACUAUGGCAUUGGCUUCAGUCAGGCACCAACAUAUCAAGCUACGAACUUGUCGGUCGGGUUAGGGGGCAAUAGCGGCAACAACCAUCCCUUGCCACCUGCGCCAGCCCAGCAGCAACAGCAACAGCCGCAGCAGCAGCAACACGGCGGCGCGCCGGCUGUUCCCAGGAAGCAGACGGUAUUGAAGCGCCAAGUAUCCCGGCAAGAGAGCCCGGAGAAGCAGCGGAAAAGCUGGUUCGGCCGCCGAUUCAGCAAAACCUCCUGA